AUGUCUUCCCACAAUCACAGAAUUAUACCAGAAUCCACAUCGACCCUGAUACCGAUGACUAAUGUAAUUCGGUCGACUUCUCCUUAUCAACGACGUCAAUCCGAAUCAAAUGCUACAUCAGGCACUGAUGAUGAUGAUGAUUGGGGUGAUAGCAUUCGGGAGCCAUUUUUGACAAGUACACCUGAAAGCUAUCAUCCAUGGAAAGGCUGGCUCCACAACGGAAACUGUGGCAAAUUUUUCUUCAAUACACCCUUGGGAUGGCAUUUAUACGUUGGCAUAUUAGUUCUCUGGUUAGGUGGUUGCCAGAUUGGACUUAUUCUCAUGAAUAGGAUAAUUCUAUGGACUGGAGUUUAUAAGUUUCCUUACCCGCUAACGACCACUCUUAUUGAAAUGAUUCUGACGCACUUCUGGCUAUUGCUUUCUGCAUAUAUAACGAGAUGGAUUAGUCCAUGGUUAUUGAACGCUGGGCUCUCAGGCGGAAUUGCACCCUCUGCACCACUCAAGACGCCAUCAUCAGGUUUUCGUGGUGGUCCAAAGUCUCUAGGAACGAGAUUACGAUAUCACGAAGGAGGCAUCGCGGGUGGUGGAUUCUUUGAGUUCGAUAUUGAGGUGGUCAAGGUUGUCCUUCCUUGCGCUCUCAUUUUUGUUGCGAAAGUCUGCCUUUCCAACCUCUCUUUUGCCUACGCUCAACUUCAAAUCUACUUUCUUGCUCGCAUCGCUACUGUUCCUUUUAUGCUCCUCUUCGCCCAUAUUUUGAUGCAAACAUCAUUCAGCGUGGCUACAAUUUCAUCCUCUCUGACCGCAACUUUGACGCUCCUCGUAGCCACUUCGCGUGGAAAUAUGCGCGUAACUUGGGAAUCUAUUGUUGCUGGGAUAUUUUCCUCAAUAUUUGUAGCACUCUACCCUAUAAUUUUACUGCGCACCUAUAAAAUCCUGGCCUCACAGUUACUUCCACAGGGUCCCCUAGGCAUAGUCAACGCAACAACUAACUCACCUUCCAACUUCUCGGGCACAAAGGAGGAAGCUCGUGCCUACUGGCGUCUUUUACAUUACAUUUCUACGAUUUCCAUCCUUACAUUCACACCGGUUGUAUUACUCUCCGGCGAAGUUAGCAAUAUAUGGCGAAAUUGUUACUUUCUUGAUGUAUUUUUUCACUGGCUAAUGGUCAUCUGCGGAGGACUAGGUUCUUGGGCAGUAUUUUGGGCAACAGUGGCCUUGACAAGGGCUACUAGUCCUUUAACUGUAGUGUUCCUAUCGAUACCCAGGGCAGCCUUUUUACUGCCUAUCAUAUCCGGCUGGAAAAUGCCGGUAUAUAGCUGGAUUGGUAUCGGUAUGUGCUGGGCUAGCUGUGCCUGGUUUUGGAUGGCGCGUAAGAGGGAAGGGAAGUCUCAAGAUAGACUGCAUUAA